UUUUCCUGCAUUCACAAAGUCGAUAAUGGAGAUCCUGCCUAUGAGUCUAUGGGCAUUUUGGUCGUUUCUCCUUCUCUCUUCCAUGUACAUUCCAUGCUUGUUGGGUUCUAUGGCUCACUUCUCCAACGAAACGGAUCGGAUUGCUUUGCUCCAUUUCAAGCAUCUGAUAACCGAUGAUCCUCUCCAAUCCUUGAAAUAAUGGAACCAUACUCUCCACUUCUGCCACUGGCAAGGAAUCACAUGCGGUGGUCACCGCCAUCCUCGAAGGGUCACGGUCUUGAAUCUUACUGGCCACAACUUGGUGGGCUACAUAUCUCCCUACAUAGCAAACCUCACCUUCCCCAGGACAAUCGAUCUCUAAGCAAAUAGCCUCCAUGGGACGAUUCCAGAAGAAAUGGGUCGUUUGUUCCGUUUGCAGCAUCUACAACUGGUUAACAACACACUUACAGGAGAAAUUCCAGCAAAUCUGACUCACUGUUCGGAACUCGUAUUCCUUCAUCUUCGUGGGAACUGGCUCGCUGGAAGGAUUCCAACUGAGCUUGGUUCUCUAUCCAAUCUCACGAGAUUGGACCUUGGUCACAACUAUCUUAUAGGUAGCAUCCCGCCUUCACUUGGAAACCUUUCGUCUCUCACAUUCCUUUAUCUCACGAUAAAUAAUCUGGAGGGAAGAAUCCCAGAUGAACUUGGUUGGUUGGUGAGGUUAAGUGUUCUUGUCAUUGGUGGAAAUAAACUGUCAGGUACGAUUUCCGCCCCGCCUAUACAAUCUCUCCUCUAUUAACAUUUUGGACGUAGGAUGAAACAGAUUGCAAGGAAAUCUUCCAACUAACUUAGGCCACACUCUUCCUAAUCUCCAAAGGUUUCAUGUCGGAUCAAACCAAUUAACAGGACCCAUACCAAUUUCAUUAUCCAAUGCUUCAGGACUUGCAUCUAUUUCACUUGCUGGGAAUAGUUUUAGCGGAUCCGUGCCCAUGAAUUUUGGAAGCCUCCAGAAUCUCAUCAGGUUAUAUCUGUGGGGAAAUGAACUUGGAAUUGGGAAAGGUGAUGACUUGAGUUUUCUCGAAUAUUUGACCAAUUGCAGUAGCUUAGAAACAUUGGACGUAAGCAGAAAUCGUCUCAAUGGUGUGUUUCCUGAAUCCCUAUCUAAUAUUUCGACCCAGCUUAGCUUCCUGUCGUUAGGAAGUAACAGCAUGUUUGGAAGCAUCCCAUCUGGGAUUCAGAAUCUUGUCGGCUUAACAACACUGGGAAUGGAGUAUAACUUUCUAACAGGUACUAUUCCCAUUGGUGUUGGGAAGCUAAACAAGCUGGGGCGACUUGUCUUUGAGGGAAAUAAAUUAUCAGGGCAAAUUCCACCAACAUUUGGCAACUUCUCCCAACUGUUCCAACUCAGUUUAUCUGGAAACAAUCUAUCCGAAACCAUACCUUCAAGUCUUGGUAAUUGCAAAAACUUGCAGUUCAUAUACCUCAGCUUUAACAACUUCAGAGGUAGCUUACCCAAACAACUUUUCAGCUUUCCAUCUCUGAUUGAACUCCAAGCUCAAAACUACUUUUUCACUAGUCUGCCAUCCGAAGCCAGUCACUUGAAAGCUCUUCAAAACUUCAAUGUUUCGAACAACAGAUUUUCAGGCGAAAUUCCAAGCUGGCUAGGCAAUUGUCUCAGCCUUGAGUAUCUCCAGUUGGAUGGGAACUUCUUUCAAGGAUCAAUUCCACCAACAUUCAGUAGUCUAAAAGGUCUUCGAUACCUGGAUCUUUCACGCAACAACUUGUCUGGGAAGAUUCCAAGAUAUCUGGAGAAGUUUGCUCUAGAGUAUCUAAAUCUAUCCUUCAAUAAUUUCGAGGGUGAAUUACCAAAACAAGGGGUCUUUGGAAAUGCCAGUCGAGUUUCAGUGCUCGAAAAUAGUAAGCUUUGUGGGGGUAUUCAUGAAUCACAAUUUCCUCCAUGCUCUAGCCAAGCUUCCAAGAAAAGGGGGAUCUCUCUUGCUUCAAAAGUCAAAUUCUCAGUAAUUGGUGUUGUCCUGUGUCUUAUUUCAUUAUCAUGUUUCUUUACCAUUCUUUAUUGCGUAAGAAAGUCGAGAAGCAAACCUUUUGCCGUGCCUUCUGUGGAGGAUCCUUUUGUGAACGUAUCUUAUGCGGAGCUCUUGAAAGCAACAGAUGGGUUCUCUUCUGCCAAUUUAGUUGGCAUCGGAAGUUUUGGCGUCGUAUAUAAAGGGAUUCUAUAUUGUGAUGGGACUAUGGUAGCAGUGAAAGUCUUCAACCUUCAACGACAAGGAGCUCUGCGGAGCUUCAUGGCCGAAUGCAAUGCCUUGAGAAACAUUAGGCAUCUGAAUCUUGUUAAGAUCUUAACUUGUUGCUCGAGCAUUGAUUUUAAGGGCAAUGAUUUUAAAGCUCUAGUUUACGAGUACAUGCCCAAUGGAUGUCUAGAGAAGUGGUUGCAUAUGAAGGGCCAUGACCAGCUGAGAAGGAACUUGAAGUUUACUCAAAGGCUAAACAUAGCUAUAGAUGUGGCUUCUGUACUGGAUUAUCUACAUAAUCUUUGUCAAACAUCAAUCAUUCAUCAAGAUUUAAAGCCAAGCAACAUUCUUCUUGAUGAUGACAUGAUUGCUCAUGUGAGUGAUUUUGGGCUAGCCAGGUUCUUAUCUGAGGUUUCUCAAAGCAACUUAGUUGGUAUGAAGGGAUCUAUCGGGUACAUUGCUCCAGAAAUUAGUUGAGUUGAAGUUUAUGGAGGAGAGUUAGGCUCAAUGGAUCCUAGGUUUUUUGUUGGUUGUUGAGGUUAAGGUGCCCAAGGCUCUGCUGGCCACAAGGAAGCUGCUUGUCGGCUGAAGCUGCCCAGGCCCUGCUGUCAGAUGCUGCUUGUGCUGAAUGUUGACCCAAUGCUGCUGGAAUUUCUGCUGGUUGUUGAGGCUAAGGUGGUGUCUGCGAUGAGCUCCUGACUGUCAUCCAGCUCUGCUUCCUGUGGAUGUCUGUAGCUGCUCCUGCUUGAAUAUCUCCGGGCACCUGCAGUCUGUGUGCUGUGCUGCAUCCUUGGUGCUUCAUUGAAUAUAGUCAGUGUGUUGUUGUGGCUGGCUUGCUUCUGAUAUAU